UGCACUUCCUGCUUUAGCUGCAGAAGUGUCAGACGGAACGAAAACAAGAUGCAACUUUGUGGAUGAGCUGUGAUCUAUGACAGCGAUAUUAACGCUUUCCGACACAUCUCUAAACACUUUUUUAAAUGUCAUCUGUCUGUACUCCACGGGAAUUGCAUUAAAAUACAACCAACCAUGCAGUUUCCUCCCACUAACGGGGAUUUCACGUUCGUCUCUUCGACAGAGGCUGAAGAGCUCAGUGGCACCAUCAGUGCCCCGGACAUUAAACUAAACAUGGGCAGUGAGAAUGUCAAAGAUCCUUAUGCCACCACCUUCCUGAGGCAGCGAGGCUACGGCUGGCUGCUGGAGGUGGAGGAGGAUAACAGUGAAGAAAGCAAACCUCUUCUGGAGGAGCUGGACAUCGACCUGAAGGACAUCUAUUACAAGAUCCGAUGUGUGUUGAUGCCAAUGCCAUCGCUGGGUUAUAACCGCCAAGUGGUCAGAGACAACCCAGACUUCUGGGGCCCUCUAGCCGUGGUGCUGCUCUUCUCAAUGAUCUCCAUCUACGGCCAGUUCAGGGUUGUGUCUUGGAUCAUCACCAUCUGGAUAUUUGGAUCACUAACGAUCUUCCUGCUGGCCCGUGUUCUCGGUGGUGAGGUUUCUUUUGGACAGGUUCUUGGUGUAAUUGGAUAUUCCCUACUUCCUCUCAUCGUUAUAGCCCCAUUGCUCUUAGUAAUCGGGGGGUUCGAGGUGGUGUCAACACUAAUCAAACUGUUCGGGGUGUUCUGGGCUGCUUACAGUGCUGCUUCGCUGCUCGUCGGGGAUGAAUUCAAGACAAAGAAACCCCUACUCAUAUAUCCCAUAUUCCUUUUGUAUAUUUACUUCCUGUCACUAUAUACUGGUGUGUGACUGGUUGAGUGGAAACUGGACCUUUUCAUGGACAGUGACCCUGGAUCAUGGGGUUAAAAAAAAAAAGUCAAAGUUUGGACCCAGGAUUUUUUUUUUUUUUUUUAAAGGUGUUUAUUUCUUUUAAACUCUGUUACAUUGUAGAAGGUGGGGAUGUUGGGAAUAUAUAUCCGUGUAUAUAGUUGUGUCCCUCAUGUCUUAUCAAUGAUCAAUAAAAUCCUUUCUGCUUUUACAGCUUAAAGCUUUCAGUAUGCAGACUUGUUUACAAAUGCAAUACAGUUCCUAUAGUGCUGCAUUUUCUUGUACUUUAUGAAGUUGGAAAUAAUCACAGGGUUAUUUAUUUAAUGAUUUGUUUCCCCCUCUCUCUAUCCUACUGAAAAUGUGUUGCCAAAUAAAUGUGUGUAUAUGUCAAAGGACUAAUUUUACAAAAGAGACGGCACCACAGAAGGAAAGGGCAUACUGGAAAGUGUCCAUUUAUGCUUUCACAUUUUGUCCUACAGACUUACUUUCUCUUAAUUAUGGAUUUGAGCAGCAGAAACACGUUGACUGGGUAUUAAGAUUGAUAUAAACUAUUGUAUUCAAAAUGUGGUGCCUUGUUUUCCCAGCCCUGUUUCCUGUCAGUCAACAGUUCCAUAAAGGACUAUAAUCAUUUGAUCGAUCAUUUCAGUAAAUCAGUAGUUAUUUAUCACUUUAAAAUCUGUUAUUUAAUGACUGUUUGUGCAUUACACAUAGUUAACUUUCAUACAUUGUUCUACAUUCAUUUAUUAAACUUUUCUUUGUAAAUUGGA